CUGAGAACUGUAAACGAGUCAUGAUAUAUAAAAUACAUAACCAGGCUCAUUUAUUCUUCUUUUCCAAUAAACGAGUCUUCGCGGUAAUAUCGCUGUAUCGUCAAAUUCGUUGUAAAUCGCCUCAAUUGGUAAAUGAUGUUAAUGAACCUAUAAUGAAUAUGUAUAAUGAUUAUACAUCAGCUCGUAUUUAUAUUAAUGAUAGUUAUGGGCCAACAAAUGUUAAUUUGGUAUUAAGCUAUUGUAAACAGGGUGCUUAUCAUCUUAUCAGAUUAACUGAAUUAUUUGUACCAANACCAAAUUUUGAAACGUUAUACGAUUAUACUGAUGAUAAUAAGUUUCGAAUUAGAACACUAUCGGGGGAAGAGGAGUGGCUGGGAUUGGAUAUCGUUAUAUUAAAACAAAAAUCGUCCAUAAUACUGCGAUUUGAUCGUGUUCCAAUUUUGUUCCCACGUCCGUCAAUUACACAUGGUUCAUGUUUUGUUAUUGGUUAUCCAGCAUUUUGCGAUCUAGAAAAAUUUUCAUCUUUAUAUGUAUUUAAUGCCGAGCAAUCAGAAAGAAUGAAUGACAAUGAAAAAACGAAAUUAUUUACGGCG